GACAAUUCCGCCACCAUGGAGGACAUGAACAAGUACAGCAACAUAGAGGAAUUCACAGAGGGAUCCAAGAUUAACACUAGCAAGAAUCAGCAGGAUGACGGUAAAAUGCUUACUGGAGGCUUGAGCUGGGAUACAAGCAAGAAAGAUCUGACUGAAUAUUUGUCUCAAUUUGGAGAGGUUGUAGACUGCACAAUUAAAACAGAUUCAGUCACUGGAAGAUCAAGAAGAUUUGGAUUUGUGCUUUUCAAAGAUGCUGCUAGUGUUGAUAAGGUUUUGGAACUGAAAGAACACAAACUGAAUGGCAAAUUGAUAGACCCCAAAAGGGCGAAGGCUUUAAAAGGGAAAGAACCCCCUAAAAAAGAUUUUGUGGGUGGACUGAGCCCAGAUACUUCUGAAGAGCAAAUAAAAGAAUAUUUUGCAGCAUUUGGAGAGAUCAAAAAUAUUGAACUUCCCAUGGAUACAAAAACAAAUGAAAGAAGAGGAUUUUGUUUUAUCACAUACACAGAUGAAGAGCCAGUAAAGAAAUUAUUAGAAAGCAGAUACCAUCAAAUUGGUUCUGGAAAGUGUGAAAUCAAAGUUGCACAACCCAAAGAGGUAUAUAGGCAGCAACAGCAACAACAGGAAGGAGGAAGAGGAGCUGCAGCUGCUGGACAAGGUGGUACAAGGGGUCGAGGACGAGGUCAGGGCCAAAACUGGAACCAAGGAUUUAAUAACUAUUAUGAUCAAGGAUACGGAAAUUACAAUAGUGCCUAUGGUGGUGAUCAGAACUAUAGUGGCUAUGGCGGAUAUGAUUAUACUGGGUAUAAGUAUGGGAACUAUGGAUAUGGACAGGGAUAUACAGACUACAGUGGCCAACAGAGCACAUAUGGCAAGGCAUCUCGACGGGGUGGCAAUCACCAAAACAAUUACCAGCCAUACUAG